UGGCUCAUCAAUUACUCAGCUAAACCUUUUCUAAAUAAGUCUCCCUUUUCCACCUAACCUAAACCUUGGGGGUUCAGUUAUCUCACAUACUGAUAUAUAUUUACAAUUCAAGAAUUAUUUUCCCAUCAGCAUGUUUGCUUCUUUUGGCUUCAGUUUUAGCAUUUUAGUAGUAGGGCAGUUUGAGGUGAACUGAUUGCUCUAGAAAUUUCAAAAAUCCAUUUAGGAGUUAGAAACUUAACCCCUUAAAGUCCUUGACCUUGGUGCUCCCAGCAGAUUAAUGGUAUCUCCCACUCACCCAUGUUUUCCUGACCAGCCCUGACUGGAUUCAAAGCUUGCAAUAGAAAUUAUGAAACCAAUGCUGAUGAGACUUUGGAAAUACAGCAAUUAAACCAAUGCUGGUAGCCUUGAACAUAGUUCCCAAGGAGGAUAAUCUGGCAAUGCCUUUUUAGCUUGAAGUUUUUCAAAAUAGCCAUAUACAAAGUUUGCAUGUAGUUACAAUUUAGAUUUCAGAAUUUAGGGUGCUGGUUAAUUAUGUCUAUGCAGCAUAAAUAAAUGUUUAAAGGAAAUGUGUUCACUGUAAUCGUAAGUAGGUAAAACUACAAGAAUGUUCAGUGAGUUUAUAAUGCUGAUUAUGACUUAAAUUUAAGUCAUAGUGCUAGAUGAUGAGAAUAAUAAAAAUGAGCCACAGUCACAACCUAACAGGAAGUUGACAUGGUGAUGAUAGGCAUGUGGUGCAAGAGCACAGAAGAGUGCCUCUUGCUUAGGAAGGUUUGAAGUAAAAAUAGUUGAAAUAAAAGUUGAACUAACAGCUCUACGAACCAACUAAAUACCAAGCAAGGAUGUGAUAUUCAUUGUAAGGCAAAUAUUUUUUAAAAGGUCAAGGUGAAUUGCUUCCUCUACGAAUUUCAAGAAUCCAUUUAGGUGGAGGUGUUGAAAGUGGAGGGAGAUGGGGAAGUGGUUACCAUGGUGGUGGAAAGAUUGUGGUGGAUGCUAAACUUAGAUUUCAUUUCCCCUUCCACUUCUGCCUUCAGGACCACCUCAUUGAGUAUUGGCUACUGGCAGCUCACUGCUCAGUUCCUCCCUAGAAAUGUUCUCAGCUGAAGAUUUCUGUGUAAGAAAAAUGCUUAAAACAGUUUGGCAGAAAAUUUAAAGGGACAAAAAUAAUCCUGGAGGGAGCUUCAAAAUGGAUUGCAGAAAGGUAGACUGGAUGCCAGGAGACCAGUUAAGACUACUACUGGAGGAGAAGGAGCAGCUGGUUCUGGUGGAAUUGUCAGGAAUUAUUGAUUCAGACUUUCUCUCAAAAUGUGAAAAUAAAUGCAAGAUUUUGGGAAUUGACACUGAGAGGCCCAUUCUGCAAGUGGACAGCUAUGUAUUUGCUGGAGAGUAUGAAGACACUCUUGGGACCUGUGUUAUAUUUGAAGAAAAUGUUGAACAUGUGGAUGCAGAAGGCAACAAUAAAACAGUGCUAAAAUAUAAAUGCCAUACGAUGAAGAAGCUCAGCAUGACAAGAACUCUUCUGACAGAAAAGAAGGAAGGAGAAGAAAGCAUAGGUGGUGUGGAAUGGCUGCAAAUCGAGGAUAAUGAUUUCUCCAAUAGACCCAACAUGAUUUGUAACUUUCUACAUGAAAAUGAAGAUGAAGAAGUUGUAGCUCCAGCCCCAGAUAAACCGUUGGAGUUGGAAGAGCAAAACAUUCAAAUGAAGUUUAAUUCAAACCUGAGCUAUGAACAGGAAAAACCACCGCACUUGGAAAUAGAGGAUUCUGGUCCUCUUAUUGAUACUCCUUCUGAAACAGAAAGUUCUGUGUUUAUGGAAACUCAAGAUGCUGCCUUAGAAAUCACUCCUAGAUAAAAUGUUUUUAAUAAUAAAUAGAAUUUUUUAAAUUUUUAUAUAAAAUAA